AUGGCCGGCCCAACAGCCUUCGCGCGAUCGGCCCAGGCCCAAAAAGCGCAAAUCUCCUCCAAGUUACAUAGAUGAAACGGAAAAGUGCCUGUGAGGACCAGAGGAAACUGAAAAGGUUCCUCUAAGCUCCUAAAAUGAUGUAAAUUAGCUUUUGAGCUGUUUGUUCCAUAACCUCGGUGGAUCUUUUUCGAAUCCGCAGGAAUCUAUUGAAUUGCUUUCCAGCCCCUUUUUGUUGAAGGAUGUGAAAAAGGUGCAAAAGUGAUAAAAAAAGAUACAAUGAGGACCCUUAAAAGUCUUUUUUUUCGACAAAAGAAGUUUUGAGGAACUUUUUCGUUUUGCCCGACAUCAGACUUUCCAACAGAAAAUUCAGUUUCAUUUUUCGAUACAGUUAGCGGAUUCAGUACUCUUAAGUGAUCCCUAUAAGUGCUCAGAAUCGUACGGAGCACGGCCGGUUUGUGAUGCCUGCAUGAUGUUCGGCGGAGAGAGUCGAUUAGUAAAAAAAAAUUAGAAUUAAAUGCUUAAGGUCUGUAUUAGCGUAGUAGUUACUGUUGAAUUUUCUAAAAUUUUACUUCCUAAUGACGUAAAAAAGUAAUGAUGGGGUCAGGGAAAUGUAAAUUCGUUUUAUCCGCUGAUUCAUUACGUUGUUUCAUAGUUGGUUUUUGAGUUAUUGAUAGUUGUGAAACACCUAACUCGAGGCAAGUUCUAAAGUCCUGACUUCAUGAUAACGUUUAUCUCUGUUUCUUAACUUUUGGCGAGGUAGACCUCUUCAGAAAAAAGCUACUGGAGUUCCGGAGAUCUCUUCAGUGUUAAGCUUUCAGGUGGAGGCGUGACCACAGGUUGGGCGGAGCUAGGAAAGAGAGAGAAAGAGGGAAAGGGUGGCAGGAGGGUCUCUACUGCGGAAAACCUUUCUCGAUCUUCUUGUUCGUGAAGAAAGUGGGAAGCAGCGCGACGUCUUCUGAACUUGAUGCGGUGGUUGGCGGUGGUGGUGACGUGGCUGACGACGUCGUCAAGUUUCCCGGCCAACGGCUACCUCCAGGACUCCUGGGCCAUGUUCUCUUCCGAAAGGCCUGCCGCUCCUCGAUGUCUGCCUAUUCCUAGCAACUUAUCCAUUUGCAACGGAAUCGAGGUAGGUUCUUUUUUUUAAAAAAUAAGCGGAUAGAAUUUUUGCUCAAUUGAAAAGUCUAUUAUUUAUUGCUUUCAGUCUCUACAUUUUCAAAUGGAUUAUUUGAUUGGGUUAGCCGACUUAUUUGAUUACAGAACUUUCUUUGAUGAGACAGUAUCAGAAACUUUUGACGCGUUUCUUAGUUCUUUCUGAGCUCUCUUUCUGGGGGCUUUCUUAUUCAACACAAAAAUGUUUGGUUUAUGCUAAUAUUCUCGAUUUGAAUCGCGAUGAGAACAAGCUCUAUUAGUGUUUACGGGUGCAUCCUGGAAAAAGCAGGUGCGACGCGAAGCGGAAGCGUUGUCGCGCAUGAACGAGCUCAGCUCUGUGGAAUAUCCAUAAUCAUAACAAUGGGAAGGCUGUUGCAGUACGAGCAGAUGCGACUUCCAAAUCUGCUCGACCACGAGACUGCCGACGAGGCGAUCCACGCGUCGCGCGACUGGGAGUCGCUUCUGCGACUCAACUGUCAUCCAGACACACAGGUCUCCGGUUUUCAAAGAUUCCUUCGAAUUUCCUUCGGCUUCAGCGAUUUCUGUGCUCUUUAUUCGCUCCAGUCUGCCUAAUGGCCAUGGACCGAGAGAUUUUGCCGUGCAAAUCCUUGUGUCUCGCAGUAAAGCAGGUGACCUUUUUCUGUUGGCCUCAGCUUCAUUUCUCAACGCGAUCUUUUCCAUCUAUCCAAAUACUUACAGUGCAAUUUUGGGUUAGCCGAUAUAGAAACGUUUUCAAUUAUUUGAAGCGAAUGUUUCAAGAAUUCUUUUUCCUCUUGGUGAAUGAUAUCGAAUUCAGAGAAUGUACACCAUCAAAAAGAACAUCCAAAUGAAGGGAAGGAAAAGAAAAAUGUAAUGAAAAACUGAAACGAUAAUCGGAGUUUUUUUUGCCUUUGUGACGAAUUCGAGAAAUAGACAGAACAUUUUUUCAGCGAAGAAACAUUUUAGGCGCAUCAAAGGAAAGCCGAUUUCUAAAGAAUUUAGACCAGUAUGAGGUCAAAUUUAAAGUUAAUUUGUAAGGUGAACAAUUCAACACAUUAUUUCAAAUCCGAUAAUUUCUUCUGUUUCGUCUGAGACAAUUUAAUUUAGUUGAAGCCAUUUUUGUCGGGGGUUUGUCAUUUUUUUUUCGUCAGUUUUGAGAUGAAGGAAGAUAAUUGCAGGGCUGUGAAGGAAGGAUGGCGACCUACGGAUUUCCUUGGCCGGAGAUGCUUUCCUGCGAGAAGUACGCCGACGACGACAUGUGUAUCCAGCCGGUCACCACCGCCAAACCCCCAGGUUCGGUGCCGAUCCUCGCAGGUUUACAAUUGCUACAUUCCUUUUUCCAGUUGAUCUUCGAGAUCCUUGUUGAGCUCUCAACUUUUUGUUUCGUGCAAACUCUUGACCCACUUCCUUUCAGUAUUAUUAGCACAUUUCCUAAGCACUUCACACUUUGGCUCCUACAAUUAACACCUGCAACUACCAAAAUUAUAUUUGUAGAACCUUUUCUGUCUUCAUUAAAGUUCGAAAAGCAGUAGUCGAACACAAAAAAAAAUUAUAAAUAGAAUGGCGAGUUGAGAUCUGCUGACUCAAAGCCGCGACACCACAUCGUCCUUUAUUUUCUUAAACAAUCGCGUUCGUGCCAUCCGCGUCCUUUUUUUUUCUCUACGCCUUAUAAACUAUUCGAUCCUUUUUCUCUCUUUUCUGUUUAUUUUAUGCUCUGUGAGUUUCUAGAAAGAAAUUUUCGUGGGCUCAGAACGGAAACAAAAUUUCUCAAGUGAGCUGGCGACCUUUUGAUCAGAAAAACUUUUCCAGCGGUAUCUUUUCCUCGCUUUUUGAGUGAGGAGUACCAUUAUGAAGUUUCAUUGAAUAGAGCCACUGUGAAUUAUUUUGGCUGAAGCAUAAAAAUUCAUAAAUAAAUGUUUUGAAAUGCUUGGUACCGGACAAAAAAGACGAAAAAAUGGCGUAGUGUGGAUAGCUGGGGGCUCGAUUCUUCGUUUGUCGAUAAGUGAUUGACAUGCGGCUCGCUUUGAAGUUGCUCCGAGUCAGUGGGUGCCCGCGAAAUUUGAAUGAUUGCCUUGGGAGCUCAGCCACACGCAUUUCUCUGCUGAUCCCAGACUCGCUCAAUCAACUGUUUCUUCUGUUUGUUUUGUCUCCUGGGGGAGAAAGAAAACGGAAAAAAAAGUUGAAACUGACAAUUUUCGAAUUUCUAUCUCGAAGUUUUUUUUUUAAAUUCGAAAAUUCCGAGCGAAGUAACUUUCCUCUUCUUCCGCAAAAAAGGUUUUUGUAAGCUUGGAUUUGAAUAGAUUCUCUUUCUGAAGCUCUUUUUUUCUUUGAAUUAUGAACUUGCGCACACUACAUGAAACCAAACGGCUAAAAGUCUUAAAAUAAAUCUGACAGCUGGGGCCAAUUCUCAUAUUCGAUCAACCUGCUCCAACUUUCGGGAUUCGCUGAAGGUUGCCUUGAUGAUGAGCCAACUAUUAACUUUUAGGAGAUUAUUUCGGUACGCUAAGAUUGAUCUAGCCAAUUCAUUUUCAAAACGUUUUCAAAGAAGUGUCGGUGUGCCGAAGAAUAGGAUGACCGCCGCGGCGACUUGAAAGCAAUCUAGAAUUACGGUAGCCGAGGUGUCGUGUUUCAGGAGUCGCGACGUGCGCCGCCUGCUCGCAAGUCUCUACCUACGAGAACCUCGUCGACCACUUUUGUCGUAGUCAUCUCGGUCUGGUCUUUGUCAGGGAAAAGAAAAGAAUAAAUUGACUUUUUCAGUGGUCAAGGCGAAAAUCGGCGAAAUGACCAACACGCACAUCAGUGUUAGGAACGGCCGGAGCCUCAAGAAGGGAGAUCGUCGGCGAAGCGUCGCCCAAACCGGUCAGUUAACAUUCGAAUGGGAAGGAGAGAGUUCGAAUGAAGAUAUUCGGCUGACAACGUCUACUGAGGGCUGUCCUUGCAACAUAACCAUCGGCCGAAACCAGAAGAUGCUCGUCAUGGCGAGCAAGUCAGACGACGGCUCAUUCACCGCCAAUCUCAUUCUUCCCUGGAACAAAGAAAAGGUGCUACUUUUACUCCUUAUAACUCGACUAGGUGCCCUUUUCUACGCUAUUCUAACAACCGCACAAUUGAAGAUAUUUUAUUAGUUAUUUUGAACCCUGGAAUAUUCAAAUUGUUCAGUUGGAGGUGAAGCAAUCUCGCAUAAAUUUUUGCAAAAAGCUCGCUUUGAAUAUUAUUUUACAGUUUGAACCCCUCAUAUAAGAACAUUAAGACCGUAAAAUUUGAUUGAACGCAUGCGUGAUUCGAGGCGGAAAGUCUAGUCAGAAAAAAAAGCUCAUAUAUUCAAGAUUAAAAAAAAAUUUUUUCGAAAUUUUCAUAUUCAACAGAAUCAUAAAGAUUCUCAAAUAUGACUGCUGAAAAGUUUGCAUACAUAAUAGAGUUGCAGAACUUCAAACGCGCCGUCCACCAGUUCCAGAGACUCAAUUGCCAGUCGCUGGGCCGUGAGAUCCGUGAAAGUGCGUCGCGUCGACCACACUACUACGAGAUGCGACGACACAAUACGGGCCGCUUCGCGUUACUGUAA